AGUCUUAUUUGGAUGUUGUCAAAUUGAAUGCUCAAGAAAAUCGUUUUUCUUCCCUGAAACUGUUAUUUUAUUGAAUUUUUCUUAAUGUUUGUGAUAUUUUUUCAAAAUUUUCUUGCCGAGUGAUGUAGAAAGUCUCGUGGGACAAUUAUUUAAUGUGAAAAUCGUGGAAAAAUUAAAGUGAUCCAGUGAAAUUAGUUUUGUGGAAUUUUCCUAAGAAAAAACGUGGAUCAUGGAGGAGUGUACACCUAAGAAAGACGUCUUGCAGGACUCAGAUACUGUCUUCAGGUCUAUAAGUAAAUUUACCACAAAACCCGAUAGUCCAAAGGCACCGACUAUUCAGGAUUUCUGUAUUAUAAAGCCGAUAAGUCGAGGGGCGUUUGGGAAGGUGUUCCUGGGCUAUAAGGAUGGGAAUAUGGAUAGAUUGUUUGCCAUCAAGGUGAUGAGGAAGUCAGAGAUGAUUAACAAGAAUAUGGUGUGCCAGGUGAUUACAGAGAGGAAUGCCUUGGCAUUGUCCAGGAGCCCCUUCUGCGUGAAUCUCUUCUAUUCCCUGCAGACUCCUUCUUAUGUUUAUUUGGUGAUGGAAUACAUGGUUGGAGGGGAUCUCAAGUCCCUCCUGGCCAUGUAUGGCUUCUUUGACGAAGCCAGUGCCAAAUUUUACGCUGCUGAAGUGGCUCUGGCUCUUCAGUAUCUCCACAGUCAUGGAAUUGUCCACAGGGACAUUAAGCCGGAUAAUAUGCUCAUCUCAGCUUCCGGCCAUGUGAAGCUCACGGACUUUGGGCUGAGUAAAAUCGAACUGAGCAGGGAUCUGGAGAUGUCUGACCUCAUAAAUUGCUCUCCGAAUAUCAAUGCUCGAACUCCUGGACAGCUUCUUUCGCUCACAUCUCAUCUGUCUUUCGGAUCGGUUGAAAAGAAGGCACAGGGAUCAGAGGAUGAGCCUCCGAUCACUUCCACCUUCAUGAAAAUCAUCAAUAAUCAUCGUUCUGGCGAGACUGACCUGGAUUCUUCAAUUGCUUCCAACACAAACGUUGCUGAUGACAGUCGAUUGUCCGGAGUCUCGCCAUUCUUCUCCACCGAGAACAUCGAUCCAAAUACCGUGACAAGUGCAGUGAACACUCUCAAUGCAGACUCCCUGACAUCCUAUUACACUUGCAAUUCCAGCAUCGGAAGUGGCAAUCGCAAGGAUAAUCCGUCAAUCAAGUUCAAAAGGAAAUUCAUCAAAAGCCAUUUCUUGUCCAGGGACAACAAAACAGAACUCCAGAUGGCAAUUAGGAACUCCUUGAGUUUGUCACGGUUUAAGGAAUCCGAGGAUUCUGGCAUUUCCAGCCGAAAGGGAGAUCUCUCAAAUAUUCCCAGCGAAGAGCAGCCCGCCAAAACAAAGGAAGAACUAACUUCAGACUAUUCCCGGAGUUAUGCAGGAAGUGAAUCUGAAUCUCCGGUGCUCAAUAUCUCCCGGAAUUUCAAACAUCCAAAUUUCAGAAGGAGUUUCAAGAGAAAACGACAUCUCGAAGGCUGCGAGAAUCAGGGCAGCACAGGGCUCACCCAAGAGAUCGACACAAUUGAUCUGGGCAGCAGCACGCCCAAGAAGAGGAAAGAGAAGUCACCGUUGAAAGGAGUUCUCAAUCCAAUAUCUUUAUCUGACGAUGAAAUGCCCAUUAAUGCGAAUUUGGGCAAUGUGCUCGUGUCGACACCGGUAUCAUCGCAAAAGCUUCCCCGUCGCGACGGUGGCUUGUUGCAUAAAAUCAAGAGCACGCGAUUUGUCCUCCCGUCAUCAGGGGAAAUGCACAAGAAGAGUAGUUCGAUGCACGAACGACUUCCAAUGCGAUUAAUUAAGAUGCACGAUGAACCUGCGAUGUCGCCUAUUGCUCGACCUUCUGCGCAGAAAACACCGAAAAUCACUCAAACUCCUUUCCGGACGCCCAAAUCUGUUCGAAGAGGAGGAGUGUCAACUUCAGAUGAACGAAUUCUCGGUACUCCGGACUAUCUGGCUCCGGAACUGCUGCUGUCCAAAGGUCAUGGUCCAGCUGUGGACUGGUGGGCCUUGGGAGUCUGUUUGUAUGAAUUUCUCACGGGGAUUCCGCCGUUCAACGAUGAAACGCCUCAGAAAGUAUUUCAGAAUAUUCUAUGUCGCAAUAUUGAGUGGCCAGAGGAUGAUGAGGCUCUGUCUCAAGAAGCAAUGGAUGCCGUUGAAGCGCUUCUCACGAUGGAACCAUCACAGAGACCCUCAGCGAAUCAGGUUCAGCAAAUGAUCUUCUUCCAGGAUAUUACGUGGUCCGAUAUUCAAAGUGCGGAACCUCCUUUUGUGCCAAAACCAGACAAUCCUUUCGAUACGGGAUAUUUCGAAGCUCGAAACGUGAUGCAACAUCUGAAAUUGUCGAACUUCGAUGGAGAAAAACUGUGAAAGAUGUGACGCCUCUUUGUUGAUGUAAGUUGCAAAAGAUGUUUUUCGUCAAUUUGUUAGUAAUUAAUUUAAAAGGAGUUAAAGACAUAAUAAAGAGUUGCGUUCCUUUUUUUCUCUCAACAA